GCUUGUCCACCUUGCAUGUAUUUCCACUGAGCUGUCAGGCUGUUAUGCAGUAGCUGUGUGUGUAUGUGCUUGUGUGACUUGUAUUUUUUUUUUUGCUUUCUUCCUUCAAAGCUCAGUUCUUAACAUUUGCACAUUGCGCCACUUUGAAAAAACACUAGCUAGGUAAAGAAUGCCAUACAUCUAUCAGGACCCAAGAAAAAAGGAACCCAGUACCCCACAGACUGCCCGAAGUAUUCAUUCAUCUGGCAAAACUUAUGAGCAGCUGAAGCAGGAGUGUCUUCGAAAUGGUACUCUGUUUGAAGAUGCAGAUUUCCCUGCAAAUGAUGCCUCGCUGUUCUACAGUGAGAAACCAAAUAUUCCUUUUGUCUGGAAAAGGCCCAAGGACAUUGUUAAAGACCCUGAGUUUAUUUUAGGUGGUGCUUCAAGAACAGAUGUGUGUCAAGGUGACCUUGGGGACUGCUGGCUUUUGGCUGCAAUAGCCUCUCUCACUCUCAGUGAGAAGGUACUGUAUAGAGUGGUUCCACCUGACCAGUCUUUUGGCUCUGGAUAUGCCGGCAUAUUUCAUUUUCAAUUUUGGCAACAUAAUGAGUGGCUUGAUGUUGUGAUUGAUGAUAGACUUCCUACCUUUCGAAAUCGGUUGGUAUUUCUUCACUCAGCUGACCUUAAUGAGUUUUGGAGUGCGUUGCUGGAAAAAGCUUAUGCCAAACUUAAUGGCAGUUUUGAAGCCUUAAAAGGGGGCAGUACCAUAGAAGCAAUGGAAGAUUUUACUGGGGGAGUAUCUGAAACGUAUGAAAACAAAAGUGCUCCUAACAAUUAUUUUGAGAUAAUGGACAAAGCUUUGAAAAGAGGAUCAAUGUUGGGAUGUUCUAUUGAUACUGCAAGUUCUGCUGAAUCAGAAGCUAAAACCCCUCAAGGACUUGUAAAGGGCCAUGCAUAUUCCAUAACUGGUUUAGAUGUGGUGAAUUACAGAGGACAAAAGGUACAGCUUAUUAGAGUGAGAAACCCAUGGGGACAGGUGGAGUGGAAUGGAGCCUGGAGUGACAAUGCUACAGAAUGGAAUUCUAUUGACCCGGCAGAGAGGAAACGCCUUUGCCAAACAUCACUCGAUGAUGGAGAAUUCUGGAUGAAAUUUGAGGAUUUCAAGAGAUAUUUUGACAAAGUUGAAAUUUGUAACCUUACUCCUGAUGCCUUAGAUGAUGAUAUAGAGCACCAAUGGGAGGUGGCAGCCCAUGAAGGGAGCUGGAUCAGAGGCUCUACUGCUGGCGGGUGCAGAAAUUUUUUAGAAACCUUUUGGACAAAUCCACAAAUUAAGCUGAGCCUUGAAGAGAAGGAUGAUGGCCACCACGAAUGUACUUUCAUUGCAGCAUUGAUGCAAAAGAAUAGACGCAAGUUAAAAAAAGCAGGAGCUGAUAUGUUAACAAUAGGAUAUACUAUCUAUCAGUGUCCUGGUGCAGAGUCACAGGUGACAAAAGAUUUCUUCAAAUUUAAUGGAUCUAAAGCAAGAAGCAAGACUUACAUUAACUUAAGAGAAAUCUCCCAGAGAUUCAGGCUUCCACCUGGUGAAUACAUGCUAGUCCCUACAACAUUUGAACCUCAUCAAGAGGCCGACUUUUGCCUCAGAAUAUUCUCGGAGAAGAAAGCAACGAUUAAAGAGGUUGAUGGCGAUAUAAAAGUGGAAAUCCCUGAGCCACCAAAACCAAAUCCUCCACAUAAAGAAACUGAGGAAGAAAAACAAUUUCGUACAUUUUUUGAGCAAAUUGCUGGAGAAGACAUGGAAGUGAAUGAGAAAGAAUUGCAAUAUAUUUUGAAUGCUGUGCUACAAAGAACAAAGAAUAUUAAAUUUAAGGAUCUGAGCCUUCUGUCAUGCAUAAACAUAAUCGCUCUUAUGGAUACUACAGGCAACGGGAAACUUGGAUUUGAAGAGUUUAAAAUUUUCUGGGACAAGAUGAAGACUUGGAUUGGUAUCUUUUUGAAGUUUGACACAGAUAAAUCAGGAACUAUGUCUUCAUAUGAACUGCGACUGGCUUUGAAGGCAGCAGGAUAUCAGCUUAAUAACAUAAUCUUGCAACUGAUCGUCUUGAGAUACGCUGAUGACAGUUAUCAAAUAGAGUUCGAUGAUUUUCUGAACUGUAUAAUUCGACUGGACAAUGCUUGCAGAGUGUUUAAAGCACUGAACAAAAGCACAGCCGAUACAAUCAGCAUAAACCAAGCUGAGUUCAUCAGUCUCGCAAUGAACAUCUGAGGGGACGUUGUGGAUCACCACCUUACUGGCUAUGCAUUCUUGGCCAGGUUGCUCAUGCAAGAAUGAGCAAAACAUUUUCAUGCACAGUUCUGAGCUCCAUAGUAGCCAGACACUAUAAUUGGCCUGCUUCUUUUUCACAAUGUUCAAAUAAAAUGUUUGACAUUUUAAUAAACAUUAUUUUAAGACACAACACAGUGUACUAAAGCAUUUAGCGUUAGAUUUACUUUUGAUCUUUUACAGGCAUAUCCAUCUAAUUAUAUAGACCAGAGUAUUCAUGCACCUAUUCUGUGUUUUUUAAUAAAUCUUUUGAAAUACAAUUAUUAUAUCAAAUA